AUGACGAAAUCUAUAACAAAGUCAAAAAGCACGUCCGAGUCUACUUUAAAAACUGGAUUGGGUGGAAAUAGCGAUCAAGUGACUACAUUGCAUAGUCUAAAUCGGCGAGGAAGCAGUACAAAGAAGAAGCAGGGGACAGAUACUCCAACAAUUAUUCAAAAAAGUACGCGACCCUUAAAGAAGGGGGUGACUAUAGAGGAAGUUCAGACAAAACUGAAUUCUCUUCUACCAUCCACUUCUUCCUCUACUGCUUCUUCUCCCAUCGUCACUAAACCGCUUUCCCCAAAUGUCGAAAGCGGAGUGAAAAGCAAAGUAUCUCAGGCUUCAAAAAACAAGUUAGCAAAAAGCGAAGAAAAUAUACAGCGCCAACGUAUCGUCAACUCGCCUAACACCAAAUCCAGAAAUUCUCAGGGGAAAAAUGUCGCCUCUCCAGCUAUGUGUGUGGUAGCUUUAAAAUCCCUCCCAAAGAAAGGAAAGGGUAAAGGGAAAGGGAAAGAUCCAGAAGAACACAGUAUACGAAAGACCAUCCCAACCCCCCACCGACUCAAUGAGAAUAACUUAUCCAUAUUCCACUUCCCCACCACUUCCCCCCCUCUAUUCAUCUCGUGCCCCCCAAAAUCAACACAGCUUCUAUCCAAACCCCCGCCAAAAGGUCAAUCUCAGUCCAAAAAACAUCGUUCCCUAACACUCACAACCUCACUUCCACCUUCACUUCUACUUCCACUUACAUCCCCGUCCCCGUCCCCGUCCCCAUCCCUCAUCCCCGUUGCCCCCAAACUUCUCAAGCGAUUCUACGAAGCGUUAAUUCUCCUCACCGUUUUUGGUUCUAACCGAGGCUCACGAAUUCUAGAGGAAGAAACCCCAACCGAUACUUUCGACGAUGAGAUUUUGGAUAUUGAUAUGAAAACCAGCGCUCUUGAUGCGAAUAAGAAGCACGAAAUGGAUGAAAUGGGUCGAACCAAGCUAAGAAGAUCAUUUACAAGAAAUCUAGCCUAUUUAUGUGAUUAUGAAAAAGGAGGCGAUAGCACCACUGCAAUUGCGUUGCAGCAGAUGGAUACGGGGGAGAUUGUAUAUCAUGUUGCUUGGAACAAGUGUUCGCGACCGGAAAGGGGUGUGGAGUUUUUGAAAAAGGUGUUGGGACUUUUAGGAUUUGCUGGGUAUUAUGGGAUCAAGGAUUUCGAGAAAGAGAGGGAAGAGAUUGAAGAUAACAUAUUCGAGUUAUCGGUAAAAUAUGCUGAGAAGAGAAUUUCUUCCUAUGCAUCUUUUUGGCUCGGGAUAUCAAGUUUGUGUUGGGAGAAUGGAAGACAAUUAAAGAGGAUAAUCAAGAUGAAGGUAGGAAGUUUCAUAUGCAUCAUGUGUCUUCGCUUCUUAUCUGACAAAAUCAACUUCUUAGAAUCCUCGACUCAUCUUCACACAUGGCUUCAAGGGCUUCUCAGUCUCACCGAGUAUCCAUCUCAACUCUGCCGUUUCUGCCACAAAAUAUGUACAACGGUGUCACAAGAAUUUACAUACCUCCAGCUACUCAUCCAACUCGGCUCUCCAUUCGCCACUCGAUUUACCCAAAUCCGCCACACCAUCGGCCGUCUAAACCAUACCCCCAAAGCCAUCCAAAUCCUCCUAUCCACCCGCAUUCUCCUUCCUCAUCUCUUCACCCAACUCACCAUUUCCCACCUCCUCUCCUCUUCGUCCUUCCCCCCUCCCCUUCAAGCCCGCAACCCCACUCUCUCCGCCCUCAUCGGACAAACCAUGAGUGACCCCCUCGCCAUCAGCUCCUACCGGGCCGCCCUCGCAGAAAUGGACCACAAAUACCAACUCUCCACCCAUCUCUCCUCCCACUGCACAAACCCCAACUGGCGUCCCAAAAUCCACGCCGAGUUACUCCUGCUCCAGCAUUUCCACUCAAGGAAUCUCCAUUUCGUAGACAAGGAUCGCAAUAUCGCGUGUAGUAAGCCGGCGUGUUAUUGCUGUUAUCAUUAUAUUAGAGUGCAUCCGGGAAAGUUUGUAGUGCCGGGAAGUCAUUGUAAUCAUUAUUUGAAUUGGAGAGCGCCGGAUGUGGAGGAGGGGGAUGGAAAAGGGGAAAAGAUUAGAGAGGGUGUGUUGAUUGAGAUGUCGAGGGUUUUUAGGGAGGAGGUUUUGAUGCAGAUUAGGGAGAUGAGAGGGCCGGGGGGGUGGAAACCGGAUUCUUUGACGGAGAUUUCGGAGGAGAGGGGGAGGGAUGGUGGGUCUUUUGUGAGGGAUGAGAUGGGUGGAGUGGGAGGUGAUGGUAUUGAAAAUGAGGAUUUUUGA